CCCCAGUCUGCGAGCUACCUAUCGAGGAAAAAAAAAAAGAGUUAGCUGGAGAUCGAAGAAGAUGACUGAUCCAAAGAAGGGGCGUGUACAAUGGGAUGAAGCUAAUAUUGUGGAGAUUGAAUCUAACAAGCCUGUUAGGCAGAAGAUCACUGAGCCAAAGACUCCUUACCACCCCAUGAUUCACGAUGAUGAUGAUGAUGAUUAUGAUGAUGAUGGUUCUCUAUCUCCUAGAGGAGGAAGAUCGUUUGACGAAUGCGUUGAUGAUAUGCAACGUGCGGAAGAAUUGAAGAAUGCUAGGUUUACUAGCCAGGGGUCUGGCUCUGGUGGUGGCGGCUGGAGCUCGGCUGAGGAUGAAGAAGCAGAUCCAGUGGAUCAAGAUAAUGAAGGUUUGGAAGGUGAGAAAAAUGAGAGGUUCAGUGAACUCAGAAGAGUACAUUACGAUGAGUUCCACAAGGUGAAGGAACUGAGAUCCCUAGGGUCCUUCUACGAAGAAGAAGAGGACGAGGAUGAUGGCGCGAGUAAAAAAGCAGAGACAACAACCUCACCACACAGCGAACGCGGCGUUACCAAAGAGGUAGAAGCAGCGGAGAAGUCAUCUUCAUAAACAUCUGUUCAAUCAAAUGUGUACACUCUUGUCCAGGUUUUAUAGAACUCUCUAUUUAAACCUUUUUUAGAACGAAAAGGAACA